CUUAAACGUACUCUAGUGCUUUUUCCGUUUGGGAAAAUUAUCAGACUUUGUCUAAAACAAUGAAAAGUGUUGGAGAAAAUGUCAUCAAAACAGUGGACGUAACUUCAGCUUUAUGACGACCAAGUGUUUGUGAAUAUAUCACAUCGCGUGAGUUGUUCAUGUGGGGUGGCAGGCGAGGACACAAUUACGCUUUCGAAUUUAUAUAUUUGAGCUCUGAUCAAUAUUUCGUCAUAACUCUUCUCUUUGCAGUUUGAAAUUUCGUUUUUACAAAUACUGCAUGGGUCGAGGAAUAUACUGACACAGGAAAAGGUAACUAUUAAAUUUUAAUAUUGAUUGGAGCCCGUAAUAUGGGGCAGUUUUGGAUUUUUGUGUCGAACGGGAGCAAAACUAGUAGUUUUGCUGUUUCGAUUUGUUGUACGCAGUCUAAUUACUCCUGUAGUACUGUAAAAGCUUUGCUCAUUGACCAAGUUAUAAGAUGUAGGGCAAUGCAGACGGAACGAUGCAGUUGAUUCAAGACGUUUUGGAAAAACAUUUAAGAAAAUGCAAUACCCGAAUGGAAAUAAAAUUAGAACAUAUCAGUCAAGAGUUUGAGUUAUUGACAGUGAAAUUGCAUGAUUUGGUAAGUGUAUGUCAUCUGAAGAUAAUGGCAAGAAAAUAAACGUUUCUCGAUAAAAAGUUAUUGAGUUUGGCUGGCAGUAAAAUAGAUCUCAAAACUGAGUACUUUCAGCCCUUUUUUGCGAAAAAAACCAACAAAAUUCGAUAAACAAUACGCGUCACUUUGACUCUUAUUAGUAUUAAAGCAAACCAACAACAUUGACAUGAAACGAGUUGGUUACGUCUUGUGUUUUCCUCUCUCUUGAGAUAUUUGAAGGGAAAGUAUUGCCGUAUUCGAGGGAAUAAUUAUAUCUUGGCUUAUUUUUGCCCGAAGUAAGGCCAUUUAAACUACAGUAUACAAAAUAACUUGAGGCUGCCUCUUGUUUGUUUGUAGUUAAAAAUCUACCUGUGACUCAUGGCGGAAACUGGGAUUGUCAUGACAAUCCUCUUCAUACUUGUCUCGGUGGAUAUCGUGGGGAAUUCUCUCGUUUGUGCGAUAAUAUGGAAAAAUAGAAAUCUCAGGUAUGUUAGAGAGUUGCAAGCAGUAGAACCUCUCCUUUAAGGUAUCUCUAGUUAAUGGACACCUCUCCUCUGUGCUUCGUACGAUCUGAAUCAGACCGAUUAUUCUUAAAGCUGCAAAAAGAGUAAGCAAGUAUAAUAUAAAGCGGAAGCGCAUAAGAGUUUAUCUAAAACAAAAAGAAAAAGAUAACCCAUUUUUUCAGCUUGGUAAUGGAAUAGUAAAAGAUAUUUUGUCGUCUUCUCACGAGUUGGGGAAAAGGAGUAUAUCAGAUGAUCUGAGUCCGUCAGAGUAUUCCAACCUCUGUCGCCCGGCGGUUGAGGACUAACGCGCUAAAAGACUGAGGUUCUAUACCAUACGAGGACUAUAAUAAUUAAACUAGCAGGAAGCCAACUUAAUGAAGCGAACUCGAUACCUUUUUGUGAUUACUAGUUAUUAUUUCUUUGCGUAUUUUCAUCACCAUAGGACCCCCAGUCAUAUUCUACUUUUUAACCUUGCUGUGGCGGAUGGUCUCUUUGCGUUGUUGAUUGCACCAAACCUUAUUGUGAACCUCAAUUCAAAGCACCCCGAGGGGGCGGGUGGUUCAGUUUUGUGCCUGUUGAUAACUGGUGGAGCCUUCGCGUGGGCUGCAGCACUGUGUGCCAUUUAUACUCUGGUUGCGAUUGCCGUCGAAAGAUACUAUGCAGUCACUGAUCCGUACGGCAAGAAAAGGAAUUUCACUAGGAGAAAACUGAAGGUUCGUUCUGAUUCAGUUUUUCUGCAUUGAAAGUUACGAUGGAAACAUUAAACAACUCUCUCACAACUAAACUUCGUGCACUAACAUAGGCGAGUAGGCAAAUUUUUUGGCAUUGGCGUCAGUGAAGUCUCAAAUAUUUUUUAAAAACUUACUGUGCGUGGUCUAAUAAGAGCAAUGAUCAGUGCGAAGAUCGUACUGGCGGACUUGUAUCAGCCCAAGGUAGGCGUCCAAAGUCUUGACAGGAAGAAUCGAGAAAGAUCAUCAAACACCACAUGGCUAAGUCGAUUGUAACUUCUAAACCCAAAUAUUCCCUGGAAUCUAGAUCACUUUCAUGAGCACAACGGGUAGAAAUAACCUUAAGAGAAGUAGACUUCACUAAAUGUGAUUGCCGCCAACGUUUCAUAACCUGUGGAUUUUUUUUUUAACUUGCAUCAUGCGCCCUUUCUUUGUACUCACCGUAAUUAGUAUAGUAUACAUCGAAAGCCGUAUAAACAAGGGCACAUUUCGGAAUUAUCAACAAGUCCCGUGGGUGCAGGCCCAGAAACAUACAGAAUAUACGGGCAGCUCGUGCAGUUAGUAAUGGUAAAAGGACUGAGAGGAGUCCAAUUCGGUCUGUAAUCAUACGAGUGAUUGACGAAAUCGGACAACCGCGAGGUGGGACUCAGAUAUGUUAAUUAAGAUUAUGAUUACAGACAGAAUUGGACGACACUAAGUCCUGUUACCGAUAAAUCAAGACUAUGAAAAAAUUUGACAAAAGACAACCGUCGUUUAUACGCUUACAUAAAAAACCAACAACAACAACAGUAAAUUCGGAGAAAUGCGCCGCAACAGUACGCGCAUGUGCACAGAACACGUGCUGUCAAUUACAGAGGCAUGACGCGUGUACACUGUCCAAUUGCAAGUAUGAAGCGUUCAUUUUCCUAUUUAUAACCAGUCACGUUCCAGAAUUUAUGAUGGUUUUGAUUAUUAUUAUCAUUGUCAUUGACACAGUCACUGUUAGUGUCCCUGACAUUAUCAUAAUCACUGAUCUUCAUCGUUAUUAUUAUUAUUAUUGAUAUAAUUAUAAUUAUCAUUAAUACUGUUGAUUUUUAUUCGAACUCCCAAAUUUCGACAUUUCAUUGCAGGUAAUGAUAGCAGCUUUCUGGAUAUUUGCCGUAAUAGCAUGCAUCCCCAGCAGCAUGUACAUGAAGGUCAAUAAUGGCUACUGCUAUGGACAUUUUCCUAAAGAAUGGACUAUCAAGGCUUAUAGUGUAUGGUACGCCGCCCAAGUAUUUGUUGCCUUGUUUCUGAUGGUCAUGUUAUACUCCAGAGUCGUGCGCACGUUAUGGUUUGAGUCAAAUAUUGUUGCCAACCCUGUGACAUCUCAGCGAAGGGUAAGUACCCUUAUAAAGUCGUACAGUUUUCUUUUGCUUCUGUUUUUUUUUUAGCUUCCUUUUCUUUUCUAAUUUGAAAUCUUCAAGUUUCACUUACGACAAAACUGUUUCGUAGCUAGUAUGACGCAAGUGUAUGACGCUAGUAUGACGCAAUUCGAAGUUUGUAAAGGGUUGAACAUGGCUCUACGAAAGGGAGACAGACAGUGGCUAACAUCUUGUACUUUAAGACCGAGACUUUUUAGCGUGAUACUCAAACAGUUUGCUUAGUAAAUUUAAAAGCAAUUUGAUAAUUUUCUAGGACGAUUUUAAACGCCGCGUGAUACCUGCCCACGGAUACUUUUUCGCAAGUAUUUUACAAGUUUUUAAAUUUAAAAGAGUAUUUUUUUAAAAGAGUAUUUUUGGCGUUAGUUGUCGUUGACGCUGUUUCUUCCUUUUUCGCUUUGCCUUUUGUUUAUACAGCUAUUUCAAUUUACGUUGUCGGAUCAAAGCUUCAAGGGUACGGGACAAGACCGAAAGGCGGUAUGGGUAGAUUAGAAUUAAUUUUAGGCUUUCGGGGUUGUCGGCGCGAGAUGGACAUGGAGGCUGAAAAUACAAUUAGUAUUGCCUUGCGCGUCUUAACAAAGAGCAACAAGAACAGAUAUGACUCCUAUGACUCCCCAUAUUCCCCUUCGGUCUUGUCUUGUAGGCUUGAGGCUUUGAUCCGACAACGUAAAUUGAAAUAGCUGUAUGUUGUCUUUUUUAUAUUAAUUUGGCAUUUAUUCGUUUCUGUUUGUUCUUGUUGUUGUUUUUUUUUUGGCCAAGAGUAGCGGCAAGAUUGUUAGAUAUUACCUUAUUCAUUCAAGUGUAUUCUGUUUACACGAUUUAAGAUAGACCAAAUGAACACCCAGUUUUUCUUAACAAACAUUUCUGGCCCAAAAGAUUACCUGGACGACUUUUGCGUUGACAAAAAGUGAAAAAAGGAGGUUCGUCGAUUUUAUUUUCUUCGUGUUGACUUUCUCUUAACAGGCGUGCGCCCAAAUUUCCUAGCACGUGUUUCCGUUGAAUUUACCGCAAACUGCCUCAUAUCAUAAUAAUUUUUGUCAAAAAAAAGUAAAAGAGGAUUCUAACAAUCUUUAAAAUCCUGUACUGGGGCGGUUUGUCCUCGUUCUUUUCAACUAACCUCAGUUGGCGCUUUGACGAUAGCGUCCGACGAUGGAGAAAGAAAAGUAGAACAACUUCUCUGAAUUAUUUUGUUAAAUGCAGAUAAAACAAAAUAUCACGGUAUUUUUAACAUUAAGAAAGUUUUUGUCUCGAUAGUUUUCUUUUAAGUAUUUAGUAAAUUUCCAUUUUUAAAACACUUUCCAAUCCUCAGGGUGUAAUGAGAGUCCGCAAGCGAGUCACCUUAAUGGCUGUGGUUGUCAGUAUCAUAUUUGGAAUCUGCUGGGGCACAACCAAUAUUCUUUCCACCUUGCAUACUUUUAAGGUUUUUCGGUUCAGUAAAGUCGUAAUCGCAAUUUGCAACAUUCUGAUAUUGUUUAAUUCUACUAUCAAUCCCUUUGUGUAUGCUCUGCUCAGCGAAAACUUCAGACAGAAAUUAAAAGAAAUGGUCCGAUUCCCAAGGGCUACUGUUGGUGCCACAACGGAGCUUCAUAACAUUGAGGUCCACAUUGCAAGAGAUAAAUCCAACAUCCCUGAUGUUUCGAUCAAUACAACAACAUGCGUGAGCCAGGAGUAAAAAAAAAACAACAUUUUUCAAGCGAUCAUUUAAUUAAAUAACACGUUAUAAGUAGACUUGAAAAACUGGCACUUAGCAUAGAAAUUGUUGUUGUUGUUAUUUUUUGCGAGAAGCUGUACAGAUACAGUUCAAUUUAGGAAUAUAUAUGACAAGAUAAAAUAAUUGGACUAUUGUUUUCUCUUGAUAUGACUGUUUCACUUCUUAUUAAUCAACGCGAAAAUAAAAGGGAAUAUCGUGCAAUAAUAGAUGUGUUACCCAUUAAAGGAUGUAUACAAGUUGAACAAUACAUAUCAAAAUAAAUGUGCUUUCAAACACCUUGCGUUGAAUAUGUCAUUUUGGCUGUUACAAACGCGUUGCAAUUAAGCUUACUACGGACAGUAUUUAAGAGGCCAGUCGAGCCGUAGA